GAAAAGGAGGCGGAAAAAGAGGAAAUAGAGGGAAAAGGAACUAUUCAGGAGGAGAGGAUAGAGGAUGAAGGAGACCGCAAUCUGUUGAAGGAGUGUGAGCAGGAUGAUGAGGAUGAAGAUGAUGAUGAUGACGAUGAUGGCAGCAGUGAUACCAGUGUGUUAGUUGUGCCCUAUCCUGAGCUAGUACCAGUGGUCUUCUUCUGCCUUAAACAGACAACCUUCCCCCGCAGCUUGUGCAUCCGCAUGGUUACCAGCCCUUGGUUCGAACGUAUGAGUAUGAUGGUGAUCCUGCUUAAUUGCAUCACCCUGGGAAUGUACCAACCCUGUGAGAACAUUGACUGCUCUUCAGACCGGUGCCAAAUACUACAGGCUUUUGAUGCGUUCAUCUACAUUUUCUUUGCCCUGGAGAUGAUCAUAAAGAUGGUCGCUCUGGGAAUCUUUGGUCGGCGCUCUUACCUUGGGGAAACGUGGAACCGUCUAGAUUUCUUCAUCGUCAUGGCAGGGAUGAUUGAAUACUCUUUGGACCUGCAGAACGUCAACUUCACUGCAAUCAGAACAGUGAGGGUCCUGCGGCCUCUCAAAGCAAUUAACAGGGUACCAAGCAUGCGUAUCUUGGUGAACCUGCUGCUUGACACUUUGCCCAUGCUGGGUAAUGUCCUCCUCCUCUGCUUCUUCGUGUUCUUCAUCUUUGGCAUCAUCGGGGUGCAGCUUUGGGCAGGGCUGCUGAGGAACCGUUGCUAUCCGGAGGAAAACUUCACAAUCACGACCGGCAUCAACCUCCCCCGGCCAUACUACAUGGCUGAUGAAGACGAUGAGCGGCCUUUCAUCUGCUCUCUACCUGUGGACAAUGGAAUCAUGUCCUGUACCGAUGUCCCGGCCCGCCGCGAAGGAGGCAGGGCAUGCUGCCUGGAUAAAGACGAUGUCCUGUACCGCCACUCGCUCGGUCUGAGCCCUGAACCUCUGAACAAUGGCAGCAUUAGUGUAGCAGGGCUAUGUGUCAACUGGAACCGGUACUACACCAGGUGUCAUACUGGAAGCAGCAAUCCUCACAAAGGUGCCAUCAACUUUGAUAACAUAGCCUAUGCCUGGAUUGUCAUCUUUCAGGUGAUCACUCUGGAGGGUUGGGUGGAGAUCAUGUACUAUGUGAUGGACGCUCAUUCCUUCUACAACUUCAUCUACUUCAUCCUACUUAUAAUAAUUGGUUCCUUCUUCAUGAUCAACCUGUGCCUCGUGGUCAUUGCCACCCAGUUUUCUGAGACCAAGCAGCGGGAACAUCAGCUGAUGCAGGAACAGCGAGCUCAGUGUUUGUCCUCCUCCACGAUGGCCAGUGAACCAGGAGACUGUUACGAAGAGCUCUUUCAGCUGAUGUGCCACGUCCUUCGCAAGGCAAGGAGGCAAACUGUUGCACUUUUUUACACCCUCAGUGGUAAACCCCGCGGCUUCCGUGGUGUUGGAAGAGGUAGAGGAGGAGUGGAGGGAAGGGAAAGGAAAGCCAAUGGACAGGGAGGACGUGAGAGGCGAGCAGCUGUGAGGCACGGUCCUCCAUGUCCUCAACGUUAUAAACCAGACCAUACUUCACCGGCCCUCGCUGCUGCCUCUGCCUCAGACGGCUACCCUCAGUGUGCUGGGGCUCUGACACUCAAAGACGGGGUGGGACCAGUUCACAGCAUAGCCAGUGAAACACAAGAGGGAGCCGUGGAAGAAACCGACAGGGGCGAAGACCAAUCUGGGGCUAAAGAAAAGGGGAAGAAAGUCCACAAAAAUACAGAGAACCACGUAGGAUGUUGUCCUAAGAAGGGAUGCAAAGAACUUUGGUAUGAUAUUCGGAUGAAGCUGUGGGGCAUCGUUGAGAGCAAGUACUUCAACAGAGGUAUCAUGAUUGCCAUCCUGAUCAACACCAUCAGCAUGGGCAUCGAGCACCACGAGCAGCCCGAGGAACUCACUAAUGUUCUGGAGAUUUGCAACAUCGUCUUCACCAGCAUGUUCUCCUUGGAGAUGGUCCUCAAGAUUACAGCGUUUGGAUCUUUUAACUACCUGAGAAACCCCUACAACGUCUUUGAUGGAAUUAUCGUCAUCAUAAGUGUUUGUGAGAUCGUCGGUCAGUCGGAUGGUGGUUUGUCCGUGUUGAGGACAUUCCGUCUCCUGAGGGUGCUGAAGCUGGUUAGGUUCAUGCCAGCUCUCAGGAGACAGCUGGUGGUCUUAAUGAAGACUAUGGACAAUGUGGCCACCUUCUGUAUGCUGCUCAUGCUCUUCAUCUUCAUUUUCAGUAUCCUUGGGAUGCACAUUUUUGGCUGCAAAUUCAGUCUGAAGACGGAGACUGGAGACACAGUUCCAGACAGGAAGAACUUUGACUCCUUACUGUGGGCCAUCGUCACCGUUUUCCAGAUUCUGACCCAGGAGGACUGGAACGUGGUGUUAUACAACGGUAUGGCAGCCACCUCACCGCUUGCUGCUCUUUAUUUUGUGGCGCUCAUGACCUUCGGAAACUAUGUCCUCUUCAACCUGCUGGUGGCCAUCUUGGUUGAGGGCUUUCAAGCGGAGGGUGAUGCCAAUCGUUCUUAUUCAGACGAUGACCAUUCUUCUUCCAACUUUGAUGAGAGCGAGAAGCACGACUCCAUCAAGAUUUCUGACCCAAGGAUCUGCACCCUCACACCGAAUGGCCACCUGGAGCUGGGUGGCCCCACAGGAUCCUACUCUUCAGAUAAACGGAGCUUCACCACCGAGUCCAGGCAGAGCAGUGUGAUGAGCCUGGCCAAGAGCAGCCUGGAGAGACGCUCCCUCUCUCUGCGCCAUGCUCGGAGUUCUGCCUACCACAACUGGGGGCGACCUUUCCCUCCACAGUCUGGAUGGAGUCGCAGGUCUAGCUCAAACAGCCUUGGUCGGAGGAGCUACGGGUACAGUGGGGCACCUCUGGUUGGCGGCAGCUUGCGUGUGCGCAGCACCCGCUCCCCCUGCUCCUACGCCUACUCUUCAGAGCAAGAGUCCCUUCUUUCUCACCCUCUCCACUCCCAUCAUCCUCUGCCCCCUCAUCAUGGACCCCCACCCCCACUUUUCCUCUCCAGACAUUUCGGAGGUAGAAGAGAUAGACGAGCUCUGUCCUUGGAGCUCCCAGAGUUACUACGGGCAGGUGGACAACCCCCAGGACUGCCCCCCAUCCAGAUACCAGAUCUGGGAAGGAACGCUGUUGGAGGGGGUUCCAUUAAAGAAGGAUCCGGGACUGGCAGUGGUUUGGGAGUGGACCACCGCGAUUGUAACGGGAAAGCACCAGGUCCACACACCCGGCUGAUAACAGAGGUUUUCCCCCAAGUCAAUGCACGCAAAGAUAGAGCAGACCUCGAAGAGGAAACUGACUAUAGCUGGUGCUUCCGUGUCCAGAAGAUGAUGGAGGUGUACAAGCCAGACUGGUGCGAGUCCAGAGAAGAUUGGUCCGUCUAUUUGUUCUCCCCUCGGAACAAGUUUAGACGGCUCUGUCAGUCCAUCAUUGCUCAUAAACUCUUUGAUUAUGUGGUCCUGGUCUUCAUCUUCCUCAACUGCAUAACAGUCGCUCUUGAGAGGCCCAGAAUUCUGCAAGGAAGCCUGGAAAGACUAUUUCUCACCAUUUCCAAUUACGUUUUUACUGCCAUAUUUGUUGCGGAGAUGACUGUCAAGGUGGUGUCCAUGGGCCUGUACCUGGGGGAGGCGGCAUAUCUGAGGAGCAGCUGGAACAUUCUGGAUGGUUUCCUAGUCUUUGUGUCUCUGACUGACAUUGUGAUAUCCAUGGCAGGCGGUGCGAAGAUCCUGGGGGUUCUCCGUGUUCUCAGGCUGCUCAGGACGUUACGUCCUCUCAGGGUGAUCAGCCGAGCUCCAGGGCUGAAGCUGGUGGUCGAGACCUUGAUAACGUCCCUCAAACCAAUUGGCAACAUUGUCCUCAUCUGCUGCGCUUUUUUCAUCAUCUUUGGAAUUCUUGGUGUUCAGCUCUUCAAGGGCAAGUUUUACUACUGCGUGGGUUUCGAUGUAAAGAAUAUUACUAACAAAUCCGACUGCCUGUCGGCCAACUACCGAUGGGUUCACCACAAGUACAACUUUGACAACCUUGGACAGGCUCUCAUGUCCCUGUUUGUGCUGGCAUCAAAAGACGGCUGGGUCAACAUAAUGUACCAUGGACUGGAUGCAGUUGGUAUUGACCAGCAGCCGAUGACCAACAACAAUCCAUGGAUGCUGCUCUACUUUAUCUCCUUCCUCUUGAUUGUCAGCUUCUUCGUGCUCAACAUGUUUGUUGGUGUGGUGGUGGAGAACUUCCACAAGUGUCGACAGCAUCAAGAGGUGGAGGAGGCCAGGAGACGAGAGGAGAAACGUCAGCGGCGAAUGGAGAAGAAAAGGAGAAAGGCCCAGAAGCUGCCAUACUAUUCUUCCUAUGGCCGGAUCCGUCUGGCUAUCCAUGCCCUGUGCACCAGCCACUACCUGGACCUAGCCAUCACCUUCAUUAUCUGCAUUAAUGUCAUUACCAUGUCCCUGGAGCACUACAGCCAGCCACAGUCUUUGGAGACUGCUCUGAAGUACUGCAACUACUUUUUCACCUCCACCUUUGUGAUUGAGGCUUCUCUGAAGCUGGUAGCCUUUGGCUUUCGACGUUUUUUCAAAGACAGGUGGAAUCAGCUGGAUUUGGCUAUAGUGCUGCUGUCUGUGAUGGGCAUCACUCUGGAGGAGAUAGAGAUCAACGCUUCUCUCCCCAUCAACCCCACCAUCAUCAGGAUCAUGAGAGUCCUCAGGAUAGCAAGAGUGCUGAAGUUAUUGAAAAUGGCGACUGGGAUGAGAGCCCUGCUUGACACGGUGGUCCAGGCUCUUCCUCAGGUGGGAAACUUGGGGCUACUGUUCAUGUUGCUCUUUUUCAUCUACGCUGCUCUGGGGGUGGAGCUUUUUGGAGAGCUUGUGUGCAAUGCUGACUACCCCUGUGAGGGAAUGAGUCGCCAUGCUACAUUUGAAAACUUUGGAAUGGCUUUCCUCACACUUUUCCAAGUGUCGACAGGUGACAAUUGGAAUGGCAUCAUGAAGGACACCCUCCGGGAGUGCCCAUCGGAUCGUCCAGGCAAUGACUACGGCUGCCACGCUGGACUGCAGUUCAUCUCUCCGAUGUAUUUUGUGUCCUUCGUGCUCACAGCUCAGUUUGUUCUGAUAAAUGUGGUUGUAGCUGUGCUCAUGAAACAUCUGGACGAUUCCAACAAGGAAGCACAGGAGGAUGCAGAAAUGGAUGCAGAAAUUGAGCUGGAACUAGCUCAGGGGGGCCUCUGCUGCAUGAUGGGAGGCAUCGGAGCCAUUGCUGGGGCCACAGGUGGCGCUGCAAGCGGGGCUGGUGCGACUGGUGCAAUUACAGCAGGGAUGGUUGGGUGUCCAGGUAGCAGAGGAACAGCACCAUCGCGUGACUUUGGAGGAGAGACUGUAGCUCUUGAGAGACACGCACACCAUCAUUAUCGGCUCUACUCCCCUGCCCAGGAAAGUCAGUGGUUAGACAGCGUGUCUCUGUUGAUUAAAGACUCCCUGGAAGGAGACAUGAUUGACAACCUCUCGGGCUCAGUUUUUCACCACUACUGCUCUUCUCCUGUCUGCAAGAACUGCAAGAGUCACCCUCAAGAGGUCCGAUUGGCAGAGGUGGAGCAGGCAUCACUGAUGUCAGAACAGCUUUCAGACAAAUCUUUGUCCCUCGCUCUGCCUGAUGACCUCAGCCUGGAUGAACACAGCGGUUACCAGCUGAUUUUCAGCGACAGUCACAGGGGCAGCGGUGACUCCAACAGUUCGGAGGAGCUGCCCGCCCAGGGAGGCUACAGAGGGCUCUGUCCCUCCAGUUCAGGAAGCGAGGCUGGUGUUCAGGAAUCGUUUGGAGGGGACGUCUACCCUCAGAUGAAUCGUCAGAUGCUGGAGCAGCAAAGCCCUGCACGUGGCAAAGAUGCUGAUGGAGGAAGUUGCAGUGGAGUUGGUGGUGUGUCUUCAACCGUAUUUCACCUGCCAGCCGACUUCUUCCACCCAGCUGCUGCGGCUCACUCGGACAGUCCCGGGGAGAGUGCCAGCCCAGGUGACCCUCCCGGGACGGCCUCACCAGCCUCCUGGGCCUCCCUCCGCUCGCCAGGAGCCAACAGCAGAGCUGUAAGUACUCGGCAUCCCUCUCACAGUGAUUCCUCCUUGGCUACGGGAGGUUCAGAGGGCAGUCUGCAGACCACGCUGGAAGAAGGGCGCAGCUUGGGCAUCUCCCCACCUCGUAAUCUGGAUCUCCCUGUGGUUCACCACCGCCCGAUUCCCAGCCAUACCUUGCACCCCCAUGGACCAGCCACACCAGACCAGGUUAAACUUUUGCUAAAGAGACACAGCACUACCACUAACCUCCAAGCCACUCUGAGGCACGAAAGGAGCCAGAGCGGCAGCAGAGCUGGCAGCACCCAACCAGACUGUCUCCCACAGGACUCUAUGGAGCCUUCAGACGAGAAGUUGGGUAUGGGAACAGGUGGGGGUGGAUGCCGCCAGACCCUCAACAGUGAACACUUGUCAGAAACUCUGAACAGCCUUUCCCUGACAUCACUAAUCACCCCGAGAUCUCUGGCUCCCACACUGCUGAAGAAAUGUAACAGCACAGGCUCUCUGGCCCAGUCUAACCCCCUUGCCCAGAGUGAAGAUGGACGUCAGUGCUCUGACAUAAAUGCCCAUGUGUUUUUGUCCAGUCGCUGGACAGAGGGUAAGGCAGGAGGUGCAGAUGAAGACAUUGAUACGACAGGCUUCGAAAUGAAAAGCUGCAGCCAGGCCACAGACACAAGCUUGAAGAAAAAAAGAUGA